AACACGCUCUAUCAUAGUCGGACCUUCGCCAUUACUCCUUCGUACCUCAGCCCGUUCCUUCCUUUCCUUCCGUCUCGGUUUCCCAUACGACAAAAGCACAAUCUUCCUAGCUAGGAAACAUUAUUCUAAUCUGAUCUCAUAUCAAAGGAAACAAAAGGGAACGAAGAAGAGAAGAGAAUUAUCAGUUGCUUUCUUCACCGCUGUGCCUUUUUUGGCAUCUUGGCUCAACAAAAGUUCAGCUCGGAAGCGUCAGUCAAGCUCCUCCUAAUUCCUGCAAUUCCGUGGAGAGACUGUUCUCUUUCUCGGGGUUGUUGGGGUUCUAGUGUUCUUUUCUUUGAUGGGUAGCUGCGAAUUUGCUGCUGCUUGAGCUAUGUCCAGAUCGAAGAAGUUCAUGCAUAAUCUACUCAAGCCUUUCAAGUUCAGCUCCGGGAAAGAGGGACAGAACGAGGAGGACUGGGAGAAGAUCGCCGCCCGGGAGCAGAAGCAUUUCUCGUACGAAGCAUUGGCUGCUGCGACCAGAGAUUUUCACCCUUCUCACAAGCUCGGUCAAGGUGGCUUCGGGCCAGUCUACAGGGGAAAGUUGAAUGAUGGAAGGGAUAUUGCUGUGAAGAAGCUAUCUCAUACUUCAAAUCAGGGGAAGAAGGAGUUUGUGAAUGAGGCCAGGUUAUUAGCACGUGUACAGCACAGGAAUGUUGUGAAUUUAUUAGGAUAUUGUGCGCAUGGAGAAGAAAAGUUACUUGUUUAUGAGUACAUCACCAAUGAGAGCCUUGAUAAAUUUCUCUUCAAGUCUAAUAAGAAGCAGGAACUUGACUGGAAAAGGAGGUACGAAAUAAUCAAUGGCAUUGCCCGGGGAAUACUAUACUUGCACGAGGACUCACACAACUGUAUCAUCCACCGUGACAUCAAGGCCAGCAACAUACUUCUUGAUGACAAGUGGAUCCCCAAAAUUGCUGAUUUCGGGAUGGCCCGCCUCUUCCCUGAAAAUGAGACUCACGUCAAUACUCGUGUAGCUGGCACCAAUGGGUAUAUGGCACCAGAAUACGUGAUGCAUGGGUAUUUGUCAAAGGCAGCGGAUGUGUUCAGCUUCGGGGUUGUGGUAUUGGAGUUGAUCAGUGGGCAUAGGAACAACUCACUCGACUUGGACGUUGAUGCACAGAAUCUGCUCGAUUGGGCAUACAAGCAAUACAAGAAAGGGAGGAGUCUUGAGAUUGUGGACCCAUCAUUAGCUGCAUCAGCGGACGCUGAUCAGAUAGCAAAGUGCAUUCAAAUUGGUCUCCUCUGUACACAGGGCGACCCCAAGCUCAGGCCAGACAUGGGACGGGUAGUGGUGAUGCUCUCGAAGAAGCCUGGGACCUUCGAUGACCAACAGAUCAGCAGGCCCGGUGUGCCAGGGUCCCGCUACAAGAGGUCAUCACGCCCCCCAGGAUCCUCCACCUGGAGCAGCGGGUCACCGUCUCAGACUCGCUCAACCUCGCAUACCUUCGGUUCGAGCUCGGGCAUGAGUUCGACCACCACCGCAACAACGAGCACCGCCCCAACUCCUACUGUUGCUGUUCCACCAUAUGAUCCUCGGGGAAAGCGUCCGAUGAGUAGUGGGUAAGGGGGGCCCAUUCCAAUUAUAUCAAAGGUAGUUGUUUUUUCUUUCAAAAUAAGCCGAUCAUAUUCUUUUGUGAAUUGUAGGUUAUAGAUUAAUGUGCAUUUUAGUGGGACAAGGAAUCGAUGGAAGUGUGAUAUUCUUAGGGUAGCAUAGUACGAGAAUUAGAUUAUAUAUCUGCGAAGGGAAAGCUGGAAAGGAAUGUUCAUAGUGAAAGAGAUGUAUUGCCAUUGUUAUGUUUUUAUGAAGAAGUCGGUUUAUCGGAAUUA